GUAUCUGGAGAACAAGACCCGCCUCCCUGACGUCGCUAUUUAAAGGUACAAAGUGCCAACGCGUACCGACCUGCUGCUCACUAACUACACAGGGAGGUGUCGCGAGAGGCUGCCUGAAGGUGUCGAUCAUGAUGCUGCUCAAGUCACUGGUAUCCCUCUGCGUCUUGGCCGCUGCUGCCUUCGCUGUCCCUGCUCAGGAGAAGCGCAUCCAUCACCAGGCUGAUCUGAGUGACCACGCCCAUGAUGAUGCUCACAGCUUCCAGUAUGACCACGAGGCCUUCCUGGGCAAGGAGGAGGCCAAGACCUUUGACCAGCUGACCCCUGAGGAGAGCAAAGACAGAUUAGCGAAGAUUGUGGACCGCAUUGACACUGACAAGGACGGCUACGUCAGCCAUGCAGAGCUGCACUACUGGAUCAAACACCGUCAGAGGAGGUACAUCGAGGAGAACGUGAACAAACACUGGAGUGACUACGACAAGAACCAGGAUGGCAAGAUAGGCUGGGAGGAGUACAAAAACACCACCUACGGCUACUACCUGGAUGAGGAGUUUGAUGAUAUUGAAGAUAAGGCCACCUAUAAGUCCAUGCUCACCCGGGACGAAAGGCGCUUUAAGACAGCUGACAAAGACCGGGAUGGUAUUGCUACACGUGAGGAGUUCACUGCCUUCCUUCACCCUGAGGAGUUUGAUUACAUGAAGGAUGUGGUAGUGCAGGAAACUGUGGAAGACAUUGAUAAGAACGGUGAUGGAAAGAUCAACUUGGAUGAAUACAUUGGUGAUAUGUACACACCUGAAUCCGGGGAGAGUGAACCUGACUGGGUCCAGACAGAGAGGAAACAUUUCUCUGAGUUCAGAGACACCAACAAGGAUGGCUACCUGGAUGCUGCUGAGGUGGCCCAUUGGGUUUUGCCUGGAGAGGUUGACCACGCUGACAAUGAAGCCAAACACUUGAUCCACGAGACAGACACCGACAAGGACGGGAAAAUGACCAAGAAGGAGAUUCUGGCCAACUGGAACAUGUUUGUGGGCAGCCAGGCGACCAAUUAUGGGGAAGAUUUAACCAAGAGACAUGAUGAACUUUGAUGAGCCCUCAUGUCCCAAGAGAAGCUCAUCUGGGUUUAUAUUUCACUACUAUGGAGGCUUUGGUUACAGGGGUUAUGGGAUUUGGGGGGGGGACUCAGCAAAGUAAAGUUCCGAUGUUGGGUUUUGCCAUUAUCAAGGGUAUAAUCAUGUACCCUUUUUUAUACAUGCACGUACACAACUGCACAUGCACACACACACUUACUUCAGCAUACUGUGUAUGUGAGUACAGAUGACCCUACACACACUCCUCUUUGUUUUAUUUCAAUGUGUGUUACAUUUUUUGAAAUUGAGAUGUCUGUCCUCAGGUAAAAACCGUGUGUCUCAGUCAAACUCAUUCUGCAGAUAACGUCCAAUGCACUGGCACCCAGCUGAAACUGUGCUGGUUUUCUGUUAGCCACACAGGUUCCAAAGUGGUCCCAACACAUGAAGACGCAGUUCUUCCUCUACAAUAAAAGCCAUCAAACAUCUGGGAUACUGAGUUUUUAUCUGAGACUGACAUUGUUACAUAGGUCAGAGAGCAUGAGAAAGUGACUGUGAUGCACAAGAGGAGGAGAGGAAAAGACAGGUUUGACCACCAAAGGGCUGUUACUGACUUUUUUUGGGUUUGACUUAAAUAAAGUCUUGUUUUUUUCUAUAA